UCAAGUUCCCCUGCAACCCUAUAUACAGUAUAUACAUAAAAGAAAUGAUAAAAUACUACUUGAUGCAGUCUACAGUUGUCAUCCUGUUACACUUCACUGAAGACCUCUACUAUAUAAAAACUUAAAAACUACAAAAGGAAAUAUUUACACAUUAAAAAUAUGAUUUCAUGUGAAGGAAUCUAGUUUCAGUCUGCAAAUUUCUCCCUUUCUUGCCCACUGUUGGAUGUCUGGUUGGCCAUGCUGGCACCUGAGCCAAAGACAAAACCAGAACUCAAAUUAUUGCAUGUGGUUUAAAAAGAAAAGGAAGCAAGAUUGAUGGAGCUCGAGUCAAGAAGAGAGAACAGGGAAGCUGCAGAGUCCUGAAUCCGAGUCCGUCUCCGGGUUUUGCGGAACAUGCAUAAAGCGUCUCAGUCCUUUCUGCUGCAGUGGAGGACUAAACACACGCACACACUCAUACACUCCAUACACCAGUCCCCUGUACUAUACAGUCCUCCGCUUCACACAAAUAUCAGAGGGAGAGAGAGAGAAAGAGAAAAGGGGGAAUACGCAAAAAAAAAAUACAGCAAAAAAAAAAGAGGAAACGCAAACGGACGAGAAACAGGGAAGAUUUGUUUAUCCCCAUGGGACUGGAUUUGGCUCAUUUCUACAUCUGUGUGUCCUCUGUCCCGCUGUCAUGAUGAGAAGAAGCAUGUGUGUGUACCAAUGACUCCGACACACGCACGGAUUCUCAGACCCCCCACCUACCCCUUGGUCACCCUCCCUACAUUUCAAUGAGGACAGAAACCUGCCUCGAACUGGGAACAUGAAGGGCUUAUCGGGCAGCCGUGGCCAGCAUCAUCAGCUCCCCAUGCCUCACUCCCCGUGUGGCCUGGUGGAGUUUGAUCGACCUCAUGAUAUUCAUGGCGUUCACUCAUCUGACAUCCGUCACGCGUACCUGCUCAGCCCCACAGACAGCUGUGCCAUGGACUACCAGCACCACCAGCGCUACUCUCCUCGUAGCUCUAUUCACUCUGACUGCAUGAUGCUUUCACCAACAGUGCUGCAACCCACUGGCACUGCCGAUCACAUAUCCAGCAGCACGUUUCCCAGAAUGCACUAUGGUUCCCAGUACUAUGACUCAGCCUCCCGAGAUGACUGUGCUACCAUCACCACAUCAGCCACUCCUGCUGCUGUUGCCUCAUCAUAUGCCUCUCAUCAUGCUGUCAGCAAGAGCAAUCGCAUUCCUGCCAACCUCCUGGAUCAAUUUGAGAAGCAGAUUCCAGUGCACCGCGAUGGUUUUCACACAUUACAGUACCAGCGAACUUCCGCUCCCGAGCAACGCAGUGAGAGUCCUGGACGAAUCCGGCACCUGGUGCACUCUGUCCAAAAACUCUUCACCAAAUCUCACUCCCUGGAGGGCUCAUCAAAGAUUAAUGGUGCUAAAGGGGAGAGUGGAGCCCACCACCACCACCACAGUGGCCACCACUCAUCCAAACAUGGGAUCAAACGCAGCAAGAGCAAGGAACGCAAGCAUCGCUCAGGUAGCUGGUGGAGCUCUGAUGAUAACCUGGACAGCGAUGGCACUUACCGUACUCCCAGUGGCAUGAGCCGGCACCAUGCAGGCCAUUGUAUCUCUGAAUCUGUACGUCCUCACUUUGGUGACCACUCACUCAAAACCUCCAAGAGCAGCAAUGAUGUAAAGUGUUCGGCCUGUGAACAUCUUGCUAUGCCACCAGAAGGAAAGUUUAUGAAAAGGAGCUCCUGGUCCACACUAACUGUCAGCCAGGCCAAAGAAGCAUACAGAAAGUCCUCCCUUAACCUGGACAAGGCCACAGUCCAUGAAGAUCUAAAGUCCUCGCUACGUGCCAGUCACUAUUUGCAGGUGCCUCAGGAUGAGUGGAGUGGUUAUCCUGGAAUCGAGAAGGACGAGGAGAUCCCAUGUCGGCGGAUGCGCAGCAGCAGUUACGUGAAAGCCAUGGGGGAUGAUGAGAGUGGUGAUUCAGACACCAGUCCCAAAGCAUCGCCUCAAAAAUCUGUCCGUCCAGAUGCCCUCAUUCUCAAAUCCGCCAUCCACAGACCUCAUAUAGACAGACAAAGCCAAGGCUACCGCUUGCAAACCACGAGAGAUUUGCGUCCUCACCCUGGUGUUUCUCUGGACCCAGCUGCCUCCUACAACCCUCCCCAAUACCGUUCUCGCAACCAGAGCUACAUGCGCGCAGUCAGCACCCUCAGUCAGGCAAGCUGCCUCAGCCAGGUGAGUGAGACUGAGGUCAAUGGCCAGUAUGAGUCAGUUUGCGAGUCCGUUUUUAGUGAAGUAGAGUCCCAGGCCAUGGAGGCCCUGGACCUUCCUGGCGCUUUCCGCACUCGAAGCCACAGUUACCUGCGUGCAAUUCAGGCUGGGUAUUCCCAAGAUGACGACAACUUGCCUUCAAUGACAUCCUCCACUGUCACUUCAACUCUCAGAUCCACAACAGGGAUCCAGUUUCGCCUGCCUACUGCCUGUAAUGUUGAACGAACACAGGAACCAACGCCAGAACCAGCAGUGACGUUCACUCCGAGCUAUAAGAAAACACCUCCCCCAGUUCCUCCACGAAGUGUAACAAAGCCACUGAUUUCAGUCACAGCUCAGAGUAGCACAGAGUCCAUGCAGGAUGCAUAUCAAGAAGGCCGUUUACCCCGCUUGCCCCGCAGCAGAGAUGUCUGGGGGAAGUACGUCUCCACAGAGAGCUUGGACAGUGCCAAGGCGCUCACAUUGGCCACAGAGGGCAGACGGCUGGUUUCCACAGGCAGCUAUACAUCAGUGCAGACCUGUGAUAAGGCCGUGCUCGUGUCGAAAGCAGAGGAAUACCUAAAAACGCCACGUUCAUCUAUAGGGAUACAGGUGGAAGGAGUCACAGACUCAGAAGCAGAGAGUAGAGGUCUACCACAGUAUCAGUCAGUGGGCAUCCAGGUGGAGGGCGAGAAACGCCAUGGGCGUUUUAAGCGUUCAAACAGCGUGACAGCAGCAGUGCAGGCUGAUGUAGAGCACGAGAUGUUCCGAUCAGUGGAGGAUAAGGUCGUGCAGUUUGGUGGUUUUCAGAGGCACUCAGAGCCAAGCUCUCCUGCGCAGUACAGUGCCACACGCACUGUGCGCACACAGGGCAUCUUCACCUACCGAGAUGAUUACCGAGCUCCAAGUGGGCCACCGAGCCCACGUGCCCCAGCCUGGGUCGAGGAAACGGAAGAACCAGAAGCAGGUCAGGUGGCAACAGUGCGUGCUGAUGGCAGCUGGUACAUGCAACUUCUGCACAACGAGACCAAGCGCAUGGAGGCCUGGUGUAAAGAGAUGGAGCGUGAGGCUGAGGAGCAUGAGCUAACUGAAGAGAUUUUAGGGAAGAUCCGUAGUGCUGUUGGAAGUGCACAACUUCUCAUGUCACAAAAAUUUCAGCAGUUUUACUGGCUUUGUGAGCAAAACCUGGACCCUAGUGCAAUGCCCCGACCCACAGCUCAGGAUCUGGCUGGAUUCUGGGAUCUGCUGCAGCUUUCUGUUGAUGACGUCACAGCCAAGUUUAAUGAAUUGCAGAAGAUCAAAAGAAAUGAAUGGAGGACUGUGGAGGAACCAGAAGAGAAGGAAAGAAAGUGGCCUCCACCAGCAGUGAAAAGGCCACCUAAAGGACGCGGUGCCGGACUGACACGUGACCGGUCUCUGGAUCUUCAGGACCGACAAAGGCAGGAGGCUCGACGCAGGCUAAUGGCCGCCAAACGAGCUGCUUCGUUUCGCCAAAGCUCAGUCUCCGAUAGGGCGGAUAGUAUAGAGAUAUAUAUACCGGAAGCCCAGACGCGACUAUGAAAUGCACGAUUACUCAUCCUGUCACCUGCACGUGCUGCUAUAACAUGCCCUGUUUACACAGGCCCACUCUCAAGCGCCCAAAAUCACUCUUAAACACAUUCCUGAGUACACGUGUAAUCUUGAACAUGUUUCUCCACUAAUCCGAGAGGCUUCAUUAAUUUCUAAGUGCUCUGUCUGUUUUUUUUCUGAAACUCUGUUCUCUGCCUAGUACACUACUGUUGGAGUGUGCUAUUUUGUAGUUAUGUCUGAAUCUUUAAAAAAUUCUGUGCAUUCCCACAAUGCACUCCAAUAGUUAAAAUUUUAAGUCUGUGCUGCCUUUUCAUCAUUGUCUGUUGGUGUUAUUUCCCACUUGCAAAGUCAUAAAAAGGCUUUGUGUUCAAGUGUGCUGCUGACAAUAGCUAGCUGGUCAGCUAUCCUGAAAAAAUGUAACAUUUCUAACUAUUAUUUUAUAGUGGUAAAAA